GAUUUUCAAUAGAUGUUGCAUUUCAUUUCAUCGUACUUGCGAUAAAAAAGAAAAAGAAUUGACGAAAAUGUUACCGAUCUUUGACAUUGACGUUAAUCAAUGUGAUUUUUAACAAAUGUCACGUUGACGUUUCGUGCAUACGAUCGGAUUUGAUGUAAAUAUUUUAAGCAAUUAUAUGCUGUUCCUAAAUUUCAUUAGUUUUAUGUGAUGUUUCUGGAAUAAAAGAUAUUUUUUAUGGUAAUUGUAAAGAUGGUUGAUAGUAGUAGGAUGCAUCUGCAAUCUGAUGGUGCAUAAGAGAUACCAGGAAAUGUCUCGUGAGAUCAAUGACACUGUGUGUUUUCGCAUACUUUGCUGAAUUGAAAUGGUGGUCAGGUUAUACGCUUUUGGCAAAGGAAUCGAGCGUUUCUUUGAAUGGUAGAUUUCGGUGCCAUUGACGCGCAAGGAGCUAGGACAAAUCCCAUGAAUGGGUAAUGGCGGCACCCUGAGACAAUAAUUUUAGAUAGUGACACACAUAUAGCGCUGCGAUCGUUCCAUUGAUCUGGGUAACAUCGAGGUCCACAUUUCACCAGUUAGCAAGGCGUUACGAAAAUUUGAAAUUCUUUCGUAGCAAAGAUUCGUAAAAUUAUUCUCUGUAAGAUGGAAUACGCGCUUUCCAACAAUACAUAUUAAAACAUAAGAGAUGUUAAAAGUUUGUACAGGGUGUACCAUGAUAUAUGAAAAUUUUUAUUAUCGUUGAUGAAUCCACCCUUGAAAUUAUCGCGUAUGCACUUGCAUACGUAUGACGUAUAAUUUCUGUAUACUACGCGGAUUCGUAUAAAUUAUUCAGAAGUAAAAUUGGCCUCGUGUACACGGCCGCGUCUGUUGAUUUACAGAGUAAAAGCGUGCAAUAACAAUAGAAAUAAACGCAUGGUAUUCCAACGCAAGAAUUUAACGUACUAACGGUAACAGACCGUUUAGAGGAAUCCAUGAUCAAUGGAUAACUCUUUGAAUAUGCAACAAGAUUCUUGCAACAGAAUCUGCAAUUAAUUUUUUUCUUUCACGAUCCGGUUCUAUCAGACUAUUGCUACGUUACGAUACGAUGGUAUUUCAAUUAAUCUAUCCAUUUUGUACUGUUCGAAUUUUUUCGAUAUUAGGCCAACUUGAAGUUUCUUUUCAAUAUCGGAGGGACGUUUAAUUAAAAUGUAAACUGGGCUAGGUCCGGGUUAGGUUGUAUUACUACACUGUGGUACUAUUUGAAUUUCUUUUCAAUAUUGGCGGGACGUUUAAUUAAAAUGCAAACUGGAAUCGAAUUGGAAUGCGAAUGCGUGUCCGAGAGGGGAAAAAAAAGAAAAGCAUCGUUAUGCACGAUGACGUUGUUGGUUCGUAGCCCAUUUUGGCUCACUAUUUACCAUAUUUUUAUCUAGGGCGGCAGCGGGUAAAUCGAUACGCGCUACUUUCAUUCAUGGCUGCCCCCCCUCAUGGCUGGCACGUUGCCUCUGCGUACCACCACCGGGAACAACCCCUUACCCUACCACCCCCUACCACCUCUGCUAUUUCACCCAUCAGUGGCAUGGCUAUCUCUGCUGCAGUGAUUCUCAAAUUCGUUUUCCUUCUAUCUUAUCCUAUGACGUCAUCAUUUCAAAUGUUGAAAUUACAUUUUUUUAUUUUAACCCCUUGAGCAUUGUUUCAUUUUUCAUUUUCUACUUAUUACCUUGAGUUACUAGUAGAUAGAGGUAAUUAAUCUCAUUCUUAAAAUUCAGUCAAGUAUUAUAAUAAAUCUCGAUUCAAUUUAAAGGAAUCGGUGUCAAUACUGGUCGAAGAUAUAAUUGACCGAGAUUGUGGACAUGGAUUACGUUUGUAACAUUCCAUUUGCAUACUGGGUUAAGAAGGGUUUCCCUUAGUUGAUAUUCGAUAUCGUAUCAUUGCUCGACAGAGAUUCUCAUUAUUUAUCGUUUUCUUCAUAUUUUACAAUUCACGAUGACAACAGGUAGCUUCCAAUAAGGUCAACUUUCGAGUGGCAGGUAUUCAAUUGAAACUUUUGCAGGUUCUUACCAGAGGUUAAAUCAGAUAUUUAAAUUCGAGGAUGAUUUAUCAAAGUGGUUCGAGAAGUUGUCGAGUGCUAGGAAACACUGAGCACGUUAAAAAGAGGGUAAGAUUUGUUUAAAGCCAUCGCUAGUUACUAUCGUACACCAUAUCGCAAUGAUACCCCCACUCUGCUAUCGUCUACGUCACUGCUGACGCCCUUUUCCACCCCCGCACUCGGGUAUUUCAAUCGCCUGUAACGUUCCUGGCUGUUUCAACCCCCGUCUCUCCCACCCCCUAUCAACCGUUUCCCUGACCCUUCUUCAUCCCUGUUUCCUCGUCAUCGGAUUACCACCCUGGUCAUUCUUUCUCCGACACCUUAUCCACCAGCGAUUUCUCUUCCUAUUUUUAGAAUAUUCCACGCGGAACAAACGGCCCCGUAAACACCCCUGUUCUUCUUUAAAAUUUUCAUUUUGUUGCUCAAGAAUUUCUUUCGAAAGUCUCAUCGAACAUUGUUUUUUCGCGUCUGCGGGAUCUUAAAGUGGAAAGAAAAAUAUUGGAUUUCCACAAUCGAAAACAGACUCUUGAAGCGACGUUCCUGAAUAUAGAUUUUUAAUUAUCGUCGAAAACAAGUUUUUUCUACAAACGUACAAAAAUGAUGAACGUUACGUACAGGAUGUUUCAAAUAAGAGAUUUAAUCUACAAUUAAAUAACAAAUUUAUCGAGGAUCCUCGAAACGUCAUAAUUGACCGUUUCAAGUCUUUACCUUUAUUUUCCUUGUCGAAAUUAUACGUCUAAUCUAUCGUAGUUAAUUCGAGAGUGGAACGAAAUCACGACGUGGAUCGUUUGAGCCAUUCCCAGGCUGCGAAGGAAACCACGGGACAGGAAUGAUACAAUAGAAAGUAUCGAAAGACGGAAGUGGUGACACUGGUACAACUCGAUACACAAUAAAACGCGGUAUCCUUUGGUAUCUACUGAUUUUCAUCCAGGUCGCAAACCACCGCAAACUAACUUAUCCUCAUUUACCCUACGAAAGUGUACAGAGAAAUUUUUUCUCAAUUGCAAAGAGGAGCAAUUUUGGUGACUAAUCUCUUCUAGUAGAAGAUAUCCAUUGUAAGUAAGGAGGACUGACCUUUAGGUAGUCAGGGUACUUUCAACGCGACCGAUCAUGAACGGUCGUGUUCUACCGAUCGUUACUCCAACUAGAAUUUUAGAACAUUUCCUCGACAAAAGGUUAACGUAUCGGCAAGAACGUAACAAAGUAGCCAAUAAAUUUUUAUCAUCGUCAGUUCGAAAAUGAUACAUAUAUUGUUAGAUCGUGCAGAGGUGGCUCAUUUACAAGUGGUUGACUUUCGAGCAGAGCCGAAGGUCGGUGUUAUUUUUCCAUUUUACAUAAAAUCGCGUGAUUUCGCUGGCAUUGCGGAGAGACAGAAAGAACGAACCGUGAGGAUCAAGGUUACCUGGUCGCCAAUUAAUGCAAUUGCAUCGACACGUGAAUUAUUUUUUUUUCUUUUUUUUUUUAUACCUUCAGAUUAUCACGAGAUUAUCGCGUGACGAUUUUAGUCGAACGCUAGCCACGAACAACUUUUCCCUUACCGUUUCUAACCCCGAGCACGAAUAAUUUCCUGCUGCAGGUGAAGGAAAGCGACAAAUUUCGUGCGUCACUGAUCGAUUCCCGAGUGCUAUGAAUAAUGUCACGAACGACGUGAAAGCACAUACUGUUACAGCGGAACUAUGAUUAUUCGAGGAUCGGUUACAUCCGAACGAGUUCGAUCGUUAUUCAUUGGUUAACUAACAUCAAGUAUCGAGGAUUGAUUACGCGGUAGCGCGUCGUUAGCGCAAGUCAAUUUGACUCAUUUACGAUUUUAUUGCUAUGUAUAUAGAAAAACUUAAAUAAUUCUUUUUUAAUGAAAUGUAUACAAAUACUAAUUCCUUCCCUGCCCCGCUCCUUAGUUCGAAAAAUCUAUUUGUCCGGCAAUCUAGCGUUAAACUAUAGUAUAUAGGCCGAGGACAUUCUUUUCCGACAAUGAAAGCAGCAGUUUUUAGAGAGCGAACUAUUCUUGGACGCGAGUCGAAUGGCGUCAGAGGAAUCGUGAUAAUUUUCAUGUACCAGUUUAAAAGAAAAGAAAAUGGAUUAUUUGGUCUAAUGACCUUGCACGACCUUGUUUUGGUGUCCCUGAAAUGCUGGAGAUUGAGGAUGAGACAAUGGAAGGUUGUCCUGACCUCGAAUGGUUUACUUUGAAGCCUCCAGUGACUUUUUAACCACGAGGACGAUUUACAACGUCUGGAGAAUGUCAAGAUCGCGAUUCGUGAGAAGAAGAAGUGAAAAAAAGAGCAAACUUGUCCUCGACUGAUCGAGGAGCAACGCAAGAGCCGCGAGAAUUAACGCUACUUUCACCCAAGAUUUCUUCGCUUUUCACGAGAUCCCGCUAAUUAAUAUACGCAUUGUUCAGUGGAAUGCGGUGAUUACCUCGAGUUGACUAUUCAAAAUAAAAAAAAAAACAGAUUUAGAUUGGGUAGCCAGUGAUUUAGCCAGUAAAUGAUUAAUCAAUCAAGCAAACUGUUCGAUCAACCGUUCAAUCGAAACAAGAAAUUGCUCGAAAAUAAUUUAUCGAAUAAUGUAGAUGAAAAAGUUGUUAAGAUCGUUAUCGGAUCGUCGGAGCAUUAACUAAGAAGUUGACAAACGGGACGCUGUGACUAAAGAAAGAAGAAGGAGGGACAAAAGCAAUCGCGUUGUUGCAUAAAUUCUAAUUGGGUUAAAUUUCCAAGUUAAUGGGGAGAAGCGUCUAUUACGUUGAAACUGGGGCUCGAUCUGCGAAGGACGUCUAUAGAAAAUGGAGAAAAAAGGAUUCGAUAUAAAUUUAUCGCAUGAAAGGUGACACUGUUCGAUUCAAAAUAGUUCUGGAAAACGUCUUUACAUUGUAGAAUAAACUAAAAAUUAAAAUGAGAUGUUGAUAUGGUUACUCACCUUUGGGAUGGCAGAUUUCAAACUAAAUAUUAAUGUAUGUACAUAAUUUACAAUAAUAUUAACAAUUUUAGUUCUAUUAAAAGAAGUUUUGAAUUUUUCUGAAUAUUUUCCACGGUCGAACGAUGAAAUGCAAAAUAUUUGCGACACGCGCAAAGCUUUGUACUUGAAAUCACUAUUCAACUUGGCGCGUGCCUUAAACGUUUAACAUGCUAUCUCGUUUCAAUCAUCUCCUUUCUCUUCGACACUUUCACUGUCACUUCUAACUAACAGCUGUGAAUUCUGUUCGAGCAGCUUCUCUCUGGCAAUAAUAGCCGUCGAUGCUGUGAAACAAUUACAUCUUUGUAUGGAAAUGUAUCAUUUAACUUGAAAAUGGCAGUUGGUAUUAAUUUAAAUAAUAACAGUCAAUGAAUUUUAUUUUUCGAAAAACCUUGGAUGAUGUCCGAAUGGUUCGAAAGCUAACGCUAAAGUGAAAAGGAAGUGAAAGCCAUGGGCGAAAAGCCCCUAUUGGGUCGAUUUAAGAAAAACUAAAAAUAGAAGUGCCCGAAAUUUUAUUAUUCAGGCUUUUACUAAUGUAAGAACUCUGAGAACAGUUAAAGCAAACAAGCACACUCGAUUAAUUUUUCUAACUAGAUUAUUGCCAGAUAAUCCAACAUUCUCUUUCUCUGAAAUUUCUCUUCGUACGGUUCCACGAAAUGAAGACACCUGGAAGAACGGACGACAGGAUGUGACGUUAGAGUCCAGGUAUCGCGUCCUUAAAUUAGUUAAACUAGCGCACCAAAAUUAACCCAGUUAUGCGAAAGAGGAUAUCGAAUAAAUUCAACGCGCAGCCGCGUAUUGGUGGCGUCAGUACGCGCGUGUACACGCGUGGGUGGGAACGUGGUAGCGUUACCGUUUCAAAGACAACAGUCAGAUAGGGUGAGAGAAAAAGAUAGGGAAGGGAAGCGGAAGAGGAAGCGUGGUACAGCGGCGAGCUGGAUAGACGUAACCAGAGACAAGGGCGACAGGAAAAUCGAGAAACAUAGAGACAGUUUUGAAGGAGCAGGGCUGAGAAUGACAUAGAAGAGGGUUGUUUGGUUCGUAGAUUAAAACGGAGGAAGAAGAAUCAUCGAAGAGUUGAAUCAUAGUUGAAAUCUAGGAAACAAUAGAACAAUUUAAUACUUUAAUAGCAAAUGGUGGGGGCAGUGAAACUAUAAGGGAUCUUCUUUUCCUACACCCUUAGGGAAUCCUAUUAUCUUCACCACGGUAUACAACUUCCAGGGUGAAAUAUGACACAUGUAUAAUUAAAACUUAUGGAUCAAGCAAGGAAUAGGAUAAGUUACAUAGUAGCAAGGACGAGAGCGUAAAGGGGGGUGUAUAGAAACAGAUCGAGUAACAGAGAAGAUACGUUGCGAGAGAGGGUAACAAGUCGAGAAGGGAGAAGGGAAACCCAGGCUUCGAUGUUCUCUUUGAAGGCACUCGGUGGUCCACCUGCUACCGCCGCCUCUAUCGGUGGCCGUCUGCACACGGAAUAAGAGGGUGGUGGUGGUGGUUGCGGUAGUGGUGGUGGUGCGACACCACGAAUCGAGACCAGUGAUGUUCUUCACGGUUCCACGGCUUGAUCUUCGACCAGCUUCAUAAACACUCGCUAAAGUAUACCAAUUUCACGACGAGACAGCAUUGAUAUUCUUCAACAAGAGAAUCAUCAUCAGCUUUGUCAAGAAUCAAUGCUCCAAGAAUAAAUAUUGAACCAUGUAAACAAAGAACUUUGAACAAAAUCAAAACAGACCUGAAUCCGAACCAAAUCCUCCAACAACAAGAAUCUCCAGGUGGUUCUCUCGGUAAAUUUCUUACCGAUUGCUCGUCACCACUGUUCCUCGUCUAAAUUAUUCUGAAUCCGAACCUCUUUCGUAUCAUCGAUGGGGAAGAACGUCAUCGACCUGAUGACGUUCCUGGACAUCUGCCAGCUGUACCUUCAGAACAGACGUAAGUCGAGGAACCUGUGCACGUUGUGGGCGAUCGUCACGUUUAUUCGCACCGAGGACACGGGUGAAUUUCUUCGUUGGUGCCGGGCGUACACGGUGCCCCAUCUCCGUUACAGAAACGGCUACAACGAUUUAAAAGGGAAAGAGAAGCAACGGGUGGAUAAAUUGAUCCUUCGACUUAUUCAGGAAUUAUUCAAUUGUGGUUGCUUGCCUCCCAGCGAUAUCAGUUUAUGAAUGACGAUCAAGAUGGUCUACCAGGACUUAGCGACGUUGAACGUUUAUUUAUGAGACUCCUCGAUCUACCUGUGGAUUCUUCUUUCCAUUCGCAUUCCAAGUGUUAUUCUUUCACGAUCGUUUCUCGCGUGUCCUCUUCGUCUGGCGAUGGUCGAGUGGAUGUCUUCUUUCGUUAACAGAGAGGUCCACUCGACCUGUUUGUGUCGACGGAUUCAGGGAUGGGCGUCAGAACUUGAUACCAGAUUGUUGCAUAACAAAUGAUCGAUUUCGAAACGUAUCUAUUAGAAUUCGAUGAUGUAAAAAUAUUGCAAAAUAGCACUUGUGUUAUUUACUGAAAAUAAAUUGUCACCGAAUCGAUUUAAGAUUGUCUACUCAUUCCGCUCUGUUAUUUCUGGAUUUUGUUGAAAUUACGCCAUUUAAACGAGCCAGAAAAUUGUAUUCUUUGAAAACCGCUAUUAGAAAGUUGCAAUUUUUUUUCACUCUCUGGUUAGAUUUCAUAGAAGAACGAAUCGUCCUCCGUUUACAGGGCAAUAAACGUUUUCUCCUUUUGCUGCGAGUAAACCGUGUUUCAUAAAUUGUUAUUCUUAUAACAAAAAGUAUCCUUUUUCCGAAGUAUGAAAUCCAUUGUUUACAACAGCUGACCACGAUAAUCUCAUCGUCGAUACACAAUUUAUUUGAAUGUAGGGCGGCCGGAUUAAUUAGGGCAAACGUGCUACCUGUGGAUUCCAACACGGUUCGCCGAAGCUUUUUAACAUUUUUCUUUGGAAUUUUUCAAAUUUCCUUGAAUUUGAAAUACAAUUUUUAUUUUAUAAUUAUUGGAAAUAUUAUAACGUGAAUCAGAAUGACUGGCUAUUAACUGUUCGAUUAUGGAGACGUUGGUCAUCGAUGGUUCCCGUACGUGCGUUAUAACACAGUAGAUAGGUAGAAGCGUUCCGCAAAUGAAAGUGACGAGAAAGUAUUGAAACUGGUAACCUCAGAACCGGAAUCCAUGGUCGACAGCCUAUUAUGGAAUAUCAGUCGAUGGAUGACCAAAGAAAAUAUCGCUGACACGCGUGUGGAUGAGGGUAAACCAUCUCAACGAGAGGGAUGUCUGAGAGCGACGUAGAGCAAGUAGCUCGAUCGGUGGCCCUUGAGCAAGCCUACGUCCAUGAGGUUUACGAACAAUGCGCCGAGAAGACUGUACAGAGCAAACACUGGCCACGGAUCUAUCAGUUUCUCGAGGAACUCGAACCUGGUGCCCUCGUCUGUGACAUUGGUUGUGGCAACGGGAAGUACCUGAGCGUUAAUCACAGCAUCUUCAAGGUGGGAGUGGACCGUUGCAAGCGUUUCACGGAUAUCGCGCGUGAGAAGGAGAAUGAGGUACUAAUUUGCGACAAUUUAGCGUUACCAUUUCGGGAUGAGAGUUUCGACGCGGUCCUUUCAAUAGCGGUGGUACACCACUUUGCCACAACAGAGAGAAGGGUCCACGCGCUCAGAGAACUUGCUCGUGUACUGCGGAUCGGUGGUCGCUUAGUGAUAUCAGUAUGGGCUAUGGAACAAAGGCACAGGAAGUUCGAAUCUCAAGAUGUAUUGAUACCAUGGCCGAAAGCAUAUUGCAUGAACUCGACACCAGAAAAAUCAAAACGUUCAGGUGCACCCAAAAACGCCAGUUUCAAUCAGAACAGUCAGAAAUUUUUGUCAUCUUCCAAAAGGAACAGCCAACCAAAAAGCAAGAGCAAGGGCUAUUGGAUCGAUCCGAUAUUUAGUCCAUCACCAUCUACCAGCAGUCUGUCGAGUCCUAACGAGACCUGCUAUAGCUUCUUCCGUCGAGCCUUGCAGAAAUUAGCAGGAGGCAGACGAGGCUCUGGAAAUCGUCCUUGGUUCCUCGAAAGUUGGCAAAGUGGCAGCGGAAAGAAUCGAAAAUAUUACGAACAGGAGGAGCCUCCGGACGCGGACGAGUUACCGAUCGAGUUGCGUUGCGUGGAAGACGUCAAUGUGACCCUGAAUAAACAGUCAGAUUCUCUAAGUAUCAAGUCGAAGAGCCUCGGCGAUAUCCUAGAGAUUCAACGACUAGACCUGGUGCGAUCCAGAUCCAGCAUACCCGGCCUCUGUUCCAUGCUGACGUCCGAAUUAAAUUUGGACGGCGAAUCUAGGACGUCGUCGUCGUCGAUAAGCGGCUCGAAGCCACGGCUGGUCAAGCAGAAGUCUCACCUGGUGGACGACGUCAGUUUGGAAAAUCCUGACAACACUGCCAUUCAAGAACUAACUAAGGACGUUCCAGACUUUCAGGUAACACCGACUCGUUAUUCAAAGCGAGGAAACAUCCUGAAGCAGAGCUCGAUGAACGAGGAGAUAAUGUCCGCGGAGAGGCUGGAGGAAAAGGAGAGAGUCCGACGAAACAUAAUGAAACAGGCGUCCCUGAACGAGGACAUCAUCUGCAAGGGUACAACGUUCGAAUCCUUCAGAGACUCCCUCUACUCCGGCAACGCGACUAAAAGGUUUCAACUGUUAAAAAGUGGCCUUACGAACAAGAUCAGACAGUCGACCACGAAUAUCGAGGUCUCGGGUAUAUCCAUCAAGAAUGGAUUCGUGAAAAUCCUCCAAGGAUGGAAGUCCACUGAAAGCGACGUACCGCCGGCGUCUAAUAACGGUACACCGAACGAUGAGACUUCACGAACAAAGGUUAACGAGAAGAUUCCACCGGUGACGACCACGAAGAGAGAGGUGGAAGGUGUGGAGAGGCGGCUGUCUCGCGAGGAUGGUUCGGACUCGUCGAAGGACAGCAGUCUGCAGAGCGACACGAGCGUCGACUCCGAGGACAGUUUCGCGUCCGUGAUCUACGUGCCAAAGCCGGACGCCCAAUCAACGAUAGACAUUAUACCAACCUCUACGGGUCAUCAAUUGGGUAGCACUUCAGCACCGCCUUCGCCGCGAGUCAAAUAUCCGCCUGACUCGCACAAUUCCAGGCUAAAACUCAUCUCCAUGUCUCCUUUGCUUAAGCAGUUCCCAGCGACCAGCAAGUCUCUGCCACCGCCUAGUCCGCCAGGUUUGUCUCCACGUUCGUUGAAUCCUGUGUUCACCAGACCCUUUUUCGGCACCACCAGCGUCAUCGGUCAGCAACCUGUAGCUGGGGAUAAAACAAAUGCCACGAAGAGAAUAGACGUUUCGAAUGGUGCUCACGAAUCAGCUGAUUCAGAACUGCAGCUGAACAAAAGGAACGUCGAGAAUGGUGUCUGUAGAAGAAACAGCUUUUUCGAAACGAAGAAACCCACCUUGCAAGCUAUACGGGCGUAUAGAUCAAUGACCGAAACUGUGGAAGUUGUCGAAGAAGCUCAGACCGUGAAAGACACCGCGCCGCUUUUACCUAGCACCGAGGAGAGCCCUGACGUAUCGGUACAAGAGAAGAGCAGCUACGAGGUCGGCAAAGAGGAGGAGAAUCGUAAGGCUAGGUUGAAUCAGAUCAAGGAGCUGCUGAAGCAGAAGCCAGGCUUCGCCACCAGGACCAAACCAUCCUUUCCUUUGGUCAGACGAGCUUCCACGACAGCUAGCGGUCGCCUGGAAGCUGUUACCAAAGUUUUGCCACGCUUACUCUCGCUGGAGCUGUUUAAUCCCGAAACCGACGACCUGGACAGCGACUCUAGCGGAGUCUCUUCCCCGGAGUCAGUGGGUUCUGUGAUCAGUGUGAUAUCGGACGAGAGGUACAUGGCGAAGAAAGACAACAACAAGUCGGAAUGCACCGAGUCAGAGGUGCUGGACAGUUCGGCGGAGAACGUCUCCGAUCCCAGUGACAUGACCGCUGACGAAUCAUCCGGUUAUGCGGCCGAUUCGAAGGAGGAUGGGACGAAAACUGCGACGGAUAGCUCUUCGUCCCAUUCUUCGAGGAUUCCUGAUAGCUCAAUCGUGGUUGGAUCCUUGGAGAAUGUUGACGCCUCUAGUGAGAGUAAGAUAAAGUCUAGUAUUCAAAUGCCGGAAGUGAAUGCGACUUGGAACGAAGAACUCCACAAGCACCUGAUAGACUUCACCGAGAACCUUAGCGAAAAUCUGAAACACGAUCAGUAUUAUAAAAAAUGUGAGUUUGACGAGGAUAAAAUUGGCCAAAGGAACCCGUUAGUUUCUAUAAGAGAAUCUGACAAGCGUACCGACGAUUUUCAUAGUGAUUCCAGUGGAGUUUCUUCGUCAGAAUCCGCAGCUUUAACCAGCACUGUCAUUCCAGACGGAAGGUAUAGCGUUAGAAAGGAUAACGAAAAAUUAGGAAAUUCUAAUAAAAUGAAAACAACAGUAGAGGCUUCUUCGAAGCUUCUAGCCGCUGCAGCAAACGUAGCAAACUCCUUGGAGGAUGCAGUGGAAACAGCUAUUCAGAAAACGCACAGUAAGCAACACUCGGGACAAAUCGCACAAGAACCGGUUCAAACUUCUACGUCAGGUGACGUUAAAGCCACAGCAAAAUCCAGCAUCCAGUUACCAGAAAUGGACACUACGUGGAACGAGGAAUUCCGCAAGCACCUGAUUAAUUUCACAGAAAACCUCGGUGAGAAUUUAAUGCACGACCGAACCGACCAAAAAAUCUCUGAUCCCUUCGUUUCAAAGACGAAGGACGAAUCUCUGUCGAAAUCCAGCAGAUCAUUUAAGCCUACCAAACACACAAAGUACAACGAUUUAUCGGAUACAAUCGCCUGGUUGAGUAACACCAACAACGGCUUCCACGAGCACCCUGACAAACCCAUGGAAUCGUUGGACGUGGAGAAUCCAAUGGGGAACAAGAUGCAACGAAGUCCAUCGGACGACGCGAUGGACUUUGUGAUGGUCUCCAAAAGCGGUGAGUUCAUGAACGAGAAAGUGAACGCCGCCUUGGAGAAGCCUCCAUCGGAAAAGCCGUACUUGAGAUCCGCCAACUCGAUGGAGUCCAGCGAUAUGGGCGAGUCCAUCAGCUUCAGCAGCCAAGCGGAGUCGACCGGAAGACUUUGUAGCAGCAUGGUGUCCUUGCUGUCCAACAACACCACAGAGUACCCCAAGUCGUACGCGGAGAAACGUAGGCUCCAGAUCCAGAGAAGGUCAGCGUCCGAGGAGACGCCAUCGAGGUAUCCCGACGAUAGCAAACGCAGCACCGACUGUCUGGUGACCACGACGGCCAGCAACCACUCACUGAGUGCCUCGUCGUCCCAGGAAUCGUUAACGUCGGACCGUGGAGGCGGCGCGAUCACUUACCAUCAGUACUAUCACGUGUUCAGGGAGGGCGAGCUGGACCAACUGAUCAACAAAUACGUGGAGAACUUGCACAUUAUCUCGUCCUACUACGACCACGCGAGCUGGUGCAUCGUCGCGGAGAAGGUGCAGGUCUGGACUAUAUGACUCGAGGCCUAUGCUCGUGAAUCUUUGCGUCUUCAACGCAACCGUGCAACCAGGUAGAUCCAAAGAGAAGGUACGGUACCCGCUCGAUGAUUCACCAAGCGAAAGUAGGGUACACUAUGGCAGGGAAUUAUCGAGUUGGUUCGCCAGCUGAACAGCACAGUGUACUUUGCGCUAUUCCGAAUGUUCCUCCUUUCGGUUCACCUAAAGCAGAUUUCUGUGCUGCUAUAAUUAAAUGCUCGACGCGUACUCGGUGGAAUACAUUGAUGCAAUUCUUAUACUCGUUCCGGUUUCUGGUAUUCUUGCGUUAACGUCGAAAGCGGCUGCUGCCCUAUUGAGGAUUUCUAGUCAAGUUCGAGCAAGUGGGUCGACAGGAAUUCAAAUGAUUUGUCGGUUGAAGUGAACGAUUUUGGCCACUCAGGGGUCGGUAAACUUUGAUCUCGCUGUAAGUAGACGAAAAGUGAGAGAUUAAAUAUAGAAAAGAGAGAGAAAGAGUACAAUAAGUAGCGAUAGAAAGACGAAUUUACUUAUGCCUGUGAUGCGUAUACGGGGGGGGGGGGGGAGAAAAAUCGAAGGAGCUUUCGACGUUAGAUGUAGCAAAGAGAUGACUUUGAGUGGCUAUAAUCAUUGCUCUCGAUUAUUAUUUCGAGCCUAUCAGCUUUAUACAUAAUAUACUCGUCUCGCAUGUAACUGACAAUCUGCAAAAACUGAAAGGAACAUUCUGUCUCGCAAAGUAUACAAGAUCUCUAUGAUAAAAUCUUAUCGAUGAAUUCUACUGGCAAUGAGUUGCAAACGAUAUCGUUUACUGUGUACCAAAUAUCUAAGAAUGACAGAGAAAUGUAAAUAUGUAACAUAAAAACGUUUCCGACGUAAACGCACAGAUCGGUAAACAACGGUAAAUUCAUCAGAUAGGGGACACUAAAUAGAAUAGAUAUUUAUAUCAUUCGUCUAAGCGCUUGACCAAAUGAUUCUUGUUUAGUCGUUUCUUUAUCGAAUCCAUUUCUUUAUUUAUCAACGAAUGUGCAUUCUAGUCUCGUACGAUAACGCGUAGCCUUAAUUUAAGAGUUAGGUCUGUGGUUCCUAAUUUUUUCUAUGGAAUAUAAGUACUAUUCAACUGAUAGCUCAAAUUUUUUCCAUUUCUUCUCUUUUUCUUUUAAUUUUGUCAGAGCACAUUACUGGUCCCGUACACGAGGGACUUUCUUUUUACAGUCUGUAUGUAAAUAAGAAUAAUUCUCGUUCGGCAAAUAUAUGUAGAUAAAACUUCCAGGUAUAAACGAUGCUUCGCUAAAAACCGAGGGGCUUGCGAUUAGAACAUAAGAAGUACGGCAACUGCUGUUCCAACUUAGCGGAUGUUAUUGCGCUAUUACUGACAGGAAGUUUCAGGAACCAGAAACCCGAGCUGCUCAAAAUAAUCGGUAAACAUUUUAGACUACUUCAACUAUUAGAGAAAAAACUUUGAAUAUUGUCUUAUCUUUUCGCUGAUAAUUUCAAUGCGUUUGAAAAUGGAACACCCUGUAUUUAAUAUUUAACCAGCGUGAAAUCCAUCGAUACGUAAGGCUGUUCUAAUUAUUUUGAGCUGCACAAAGGUUCCAGCACGCGGCGCAAAAGAGAAAAACGUUAACGGAAGAAAAUUCACUCAUUUUUCAUUGUAGAUCGAAGAAAUCAAUUCGAUGAGCAUCGAAUCGAAAGUGAAAUUGGAUAGGAAAUAAAUGAUGGCAGGUAUAUAUAUCCGGGAAUACGAUUGAUCAAGGAAAGUCUAAGGAACUCGAUACAAUUAGAGACUAUCGCGAACUGGAUUGGCAAUUAGAAAGUUUCGCAAUAGUUGAGUCGAAAAUGCCUCGGCAGCGAGCUCGGCUAACCGAACGAGCACGUGAAUUCGCAAAGGACCAAAGUUAAAUAGAGUACGUCCGCGUUAAAUCCCAUUGGACGUUGCAAAAUCAAGUGCAGUCGCGUGUGUAUAUUCUCGUGACAAGAAGAGAAGAGAAACGCAAAAUCGACAUUCACCGGAUUCAAAAGGGUAAAACACACAUUUGGAGUUCACGGUGUACAUGUAAUAUCGCAAUAACUAUCGGACCAUUUAAACCAAGAGUAUACCACCAAACAGCAGAGCAAGAUAUUAACCCUUUAUUUAAAAUGGACGCAGAAGUCUCAUAUUCACUCUUACGAUGCUUGGACCGAGAUUAUAAAGCCAUCCUCGCCAUCUUAUCUUUACAAUAUCAUCUUCGCCGUUCCAUUCUUACAAAGCCACCCUCAUCAUCCUGACAACCUUAUAGAAUAGGGAUGAGACCUUUCCUAUGGAUAACGCUGCAGUGAAAAAUUCAGGCUCUGCUCCCUCGUUUCCACGGAUCCUGAAAUAUUAUAGAAAUUAAGAAUUCACGGACGACAAAUAAAGGGUUGAAAAUAUAUCGCCGACAUUACCGGACCGUAUACCCAUACACGCAUGAAAUUGUACUGAGGAUCCUGUAGUUAGAAGAAAGGAUAAGAAAAAAACACGUACAUACACGUAGAAUCGCGAAGUUGUUGACUCAGAUAUCAAACCAAUUUACAAAAGCGUUAAAACGUAGAUAUCAUAGUGAAAUAUAACGAUCGCGCACGUACGAAAUGGAUUUAAAUAAUUCUCUACAAGUUAAAGUUUAAUGGCUCCAGUGAUAUUAUACUUCAUAUGUUAUAACGAGCAUACUUUGCUACACUUUUUUUGUAAAUACGUAUCUUACUGAGAAAAACCAACUUAUAUAAAUAAUACAUGUAUACAUACAUAUAUCGGCAAUCUAUUACAGUUUAAACCAGCUGUAUUUAAAUGUUGAAAAACGAGAUAGUUACAAUUUAAUUAUUUUGAAACAUAGGUUCCACGUUUUUAACGUUUUUCUUAAACGGUAAUUAAAAUGAUAUGUAAUGUAAAUCUUUUUUAUUAUUUAUUUAAAUUAUCUGCAAGCAAGAUAAUUUAAAGUUACAUAAAUUAUUUCUUGUACAAAAGAGUAUAGAUAACAAGGUUUAAUUCAAUUAUAUUAUAUAGCUUGGUUUUAUUGUCAAAGUUUAAGAAAUAUAAAAAUUUCUCGAUAACGGGGUGAAGAGAAAAUAAUUGUAUGUACAAAGGGUUGUUCUUGAGAACGCGACGCAAACGCCGCUAUAGGAGAAACAAACGAAUGCACAAUCGAUAAAAUCGGAACUCUACGUGAUCGGUGAUCUUAAUCGAAAGCCUAAUUGUUGCUCACUUAUGUUAUUGUUGAUGUCCACCAUAGUUUCAAACAGUUCACUUAUUUGUAAGUGUUUAAUUUAACAUAUAUUUAUGUACAGAGCUGUAGCUAGAGUUUGCGGGGUCAAAGGUAAAAAAGUUGCAACCCAAGUCUACGCAGGUCGCAAACGAAAUUAUAAAUGAUAAUUAUUACAAACUAGGUAUGUACAAAUUUUUAUUUUCAAUUUAUCAACAAAUUUUAUACGACUUAAUUCCUUGAUUUAUCGAUGUAAUUAUUCUUUAAUGUCAACAUAGUCUUCCUUGAUAAUUAUAAUUUUUCAAACGAAACGUUUAUUUUUUAUCGACCGAACGAAAAUUCAUUCGACUUGCACACGUCUACCGUAGAUAAAUUAACUCGACGUUUCCUAUUCAAUAUUCCACAGCAAAUUACACGAGAAAGAAUAUGAAGAAAAAGCUGUUGGAUCUUAAUGCUGCAUCUAGAGAAGGCUGUGUUCGACAUAGCUUAGAUAUGUAUAUAUGUUACGUAUAUAUGUAUAGUAAAAGGGUAAAAUUUAGUAAAUGUAUACAUUUACUGAAUUAGCACUUUUACUUUGACAUAUACAUAUACACAUACACAUACCUGCAUACCAGUGCGUACACCUAACACAUGCGUACAAAAGGAACGUACAUAAUGCACACACCAUAUAUAAGAUCUAAUAAUCUCACACCUAUAUAGUGAAUAUUUAAAACGGAAAAAAAAGAAUUGUUCUUCGCGCAUAUUUAUUCCCCUUCCAUCCAACAAAAAGUGUGUAAUUAUCGCGGUAAUAACACCAGGUUCAAUGUUGCGUACGACUUUCUAUUAUAUCGUAGCAUAUCAGGCAUCGUCAUUGCAGCAGAUGUUAUUUCGAUCUGGAAACUUUUCAUUGAUAUCUUGAAACAAGAGACAGAUUUUUUUUCCACUUGUUAGUCUAUAAACUCUAUUGACUUGCCUUUAACUUAUUUAGUUUAUGUAGUACACUAUGAUAAAGAUCUGAGGUCAGAAUAAAAAAAAAAAUUUGUUUCUUGUCGGUGUGCUGCGUUUGAAAAUUUCCAGACCGAUUCUUAAUAAAUAUGCAUAUGAAAUUGUAUUUCGAGAGAAUGAUUGCUAUAGAAAUGGUGCUAUUUACGAAAGAUCGAUGAUUGCUUAUCAUCGAAGAAGCACAGUUGUAGACGUACUCGAAAUGAAUUAAAAUAUCCAUUCUGUUUCAUCGACUGUUAAUUUUCGUUUUGACUACACGAAUAUCAGGGUAAUAACCUUAUUAUGUAAACAAUAUUCAAAUGAACGAAAACGAGAAUACUUAAUUGUAGCUGAAUUAAAAUCCUUCGAUUUCAAUGUUGCGCAUGUUCAAAUGUACGUUGCUUGAAAUAAUUUCCCGCCAAAAGUUGGUAAACAUUUGAACUUGUUCAAUUCAACUAUAAGCGAAACAGAUUGAUCUCCAAUAUUAAAUAAUUGCAAAUAUUUUGAUUUAUCUAGUAUUUACUACUAUUAUCUGUUAUUAACAAUCACUAAUUUAGUAUAUUAUUAAUACUUCACGUGACUAGCGAAGUAUUUAAAAUGGACGCAAAUUUUCAAAAGCGUUUAAGUCUAAAGAGAACACAACGGGGGCGCUACAAGAGAUUUCUUCGGUGUUUGAUUCUAGCUUGGGGUACGUUAUGUUUGAGCUGUACCUCUAAAAUAUUUAAAAAAGAUAUUGACAAUAUAUAUACAUGUGAUUGACAGAAGGUUCCAUCACAGUUUUUGUAAACUACAUCGUAUUUCUAUAGGGUUUACCAUUACGGGAACAGAGGAAGGCGCGAAAAGAGCACGCGAUAAUAAAAUUAUAUACUCGCAAUUCUUUAAAGAGGAAUACCGGUUACUGAUUACCGAAUACUGAAUUAUCAAAUUUUAAAUAAUCUAAAAACAAAUUCGCGUGCCCUAGACAUUUUCCUCUUUCCUUUAGUAAUAUCGUAUAAAAGUUUUUUCCCUUUCUUUGUGUUUCCUUUUCUCUUGAUAAUACCGUACUUGCGGUUCAGUAAUACACUACAUACGUAUGUUUAUUGAAACUUUCCAUGAUACCGAAUUAAUGAUUCAGUGCACUCAAUCGAUUAAUUAAUUGUUCGUAUUCAUUUUCAACAUCUACUAGGCUACGUUCGAAACCAGACCAGAUUUCUAUUUUAUACCUGUAUUUCACGAACAGGAUAUUAGGAUGAUGAUCCAUUGCGUAUUAUUAUGUAUAUGUACAUUUCAUUUAAUAGAGAUAAUAUUUCAUA